AUGGCGACAGAGGCGGAAUCGAAUGAGAGCUGCGAUAUCCAGGAGGAGACGACCACAUUCGACCCAGACGAGGUCACGCUUCGUUUUCCCGGGAUGUUCCAGAAAACCGACGUCGGCAUGGCGGUGAUCUUUGCGCUCUUCGUGGUCCUCACUGUUUCCGGAAACGUACUCGUCCUGGUCGUGAUCAAGGUGACUUCGUCCAUGAGGAGCCCUACGCAUCUCUUCAUGGGGAACUUGGCAGUGAGUUACAUCGUGACGGGAAUCCUGGUUCUGCCGUUCUCUGCUCUCAUUCAGUUCGGCGGGGAAUGGAAGUUCGGCCAUGCACUGUGUCGGAUCUGGGUAUUCCUGGACAAACUGUGCUGCGGGGCGACGGUCUUGUCCCUGUGUGCGAUUUCAGUGGACCGAUAUAUUGGCGUGAGCCGACCUUUGGCGCACGGUCGGAUCAUGAGCCGAUCCCGGACGCAGUGGGCCAUCGCCUUUAUUUGGCUCAUCAGCCUGGCGAUGAGCCUGGGACUACUCGUGGGUUUGGAGGAGAAGCCGGCCAAGAUUAACUUCUGCUCUGUGACGAUCGACUCUCGGUAUAUUAUCAUCAGAGGCAUCGUGAAUAUCCUUAUUCCUUCCAUCGUUCUCCUCGUCUUGUAUUGGAAAGUGUAUCGGAAAGCCGUCUCAGCUUUGAGGCAGGGCCAGGACGAAUCGGAUUGUGAGUCCCUGAGGAUCAAUCGGGGCGAGACCAGCACGACAUCGAAAGAACUCAUACUUGUUCCAAUGCUGAAGCCGACACAGGAAUGCAUGAUUAAGGAAGUGAGAGAUGAAGAGCUCAUGAGUACACUCACAGCUCCUGGACAUGAUAAUGGAACUGUGGUGGAUGCUAGUGGACAUGCAAUUGGCAUCUAUGUGCUUGACAGUGGAAUCACACUGUGCACCAGUUUCAUUGGGCAAAUUUCUGAUGUUCCCUGUCUUGAGGAUAAUUGGAAAGUUGUGAUAUACAAUGGCCAUGACUGCAAGAUCAAUGGCAAGCCAGUCUUGAUCAUGUGCUGUCGAAGCUACCUUCAAAUUGUAGCCAAAGCAAAUGGUGAUAUGGUGUGUAGAUCUGACAACAAGUGUUCCAAGCAGCAGGCGAGCACACUGUUGAAGAUGCUUCAUUAUCAUCAUUGGGGAGUUUCAAUUCUCUUUCAAAUGAUUCAACUCUGGGAGGACCUAAAAACACACCUUGUUCCUUUGUAUUUGAUGAACCACCUGCUAGACAAGCUUGAUGGCCUGGACAAUCUCCUUGCAUUUGGGUUUGAACAUUUUUUUGGAUCAUCUGUUCUCAUUGGGGCAAAGAAGAGAGUAUACCUGGGUGAAUGCCUCUCAAUACCACAUGCUUGCUUCAUAGACACAAAGGAGCAUGUCAUGAACAACAGCUUGCUGCUGAAGAAACCAGGAAAAUUGUGCGAAGAAUUUGAAAGUCAUGAACAUGAACAAAAUUGGAAAUUGCCUUAUCGUUGUUCUCUGAUGCCUGGCUGUGGUGCCCUUGUUGGGAAAGUAAGUGUAAAUGAGAAGUUGGGGAUGCUUCAGCUUGAAAACCAGUUUGGGAAGGUCUUCAUCACUUUGGUCAUUCGUGAUCAUGUAGAUGCUUUGUCACAUGGAAGUCCCUUUGUAAGUGGCUGCUUCUGUUGGCUGAGUGAUUACAAACUUGUCAAGGAAGAAUUUGAAGGCUGCUCAAGUCAAGUCUACAUCUUGUGUAGUCCCAUGAGCCUCAGGUCACUGGUUCUAAAUGCUAAUCCAUCUGUUGAGUCAUCAGACAUCUGGCUCCAUCAGCGAGUUUUUGUGAGAGGGAAGUCUCUUCCAUUCUCCUAUCCUGGGUCUGAUCCUGGUCCAAAAGGAAGAUAUUCCUUCUUGAUGGAUUGCCUCUUGAUAGGAGGAUCUUAUGACCACCAAUCAGCAAGGGAUGAUUGUGGUGAUAAUGCCGAUGGGAAUGGAUCUCAGAUACCCCGACUUUUGGUUCUUUGGGGAGAUGCCACUAGAUAUUAUCCUUUCAUUCAAGUGGGAUGCAGAUACAAACUCUCUGUGCCACUCUGCAAGGACACCAUGUUAUUUCAGAGAGAAACACAUCUCAAAAGGGUUGCUGAAAGGGUUGUUGUAGUUCCAGAUGGUGUAAUGAUACUCCCAUUGUCCUCAAAGAGGCUCCAAGCAGCAACUCACACGGUUGCCGAGUGCUUGAACACUGAAAACGAAUGUCCUGAGCGAGUGAAUGUGGAGGGAAUCAUUCAAAAUGUUCAUCACUUCUAUGAGGAGCCUCUAUACAAAAAGCACAUCUUGAAAGAACACAAAAUCCGUCUUCAUCUCUGUGACUUGGAGAACAGUGCCCAGUUCAUCUGUGUGUACCUCACACCAAACAAAUAUUCCUGUGCUGGUCUCAUAGACAAUGUCCGAGUAUUAUUCAUUGACAUCCCUGUUAAGUCAUCCAAUGGCAGACGCUAUCUUCAUGCUGCCGGUCGAUUCAGCUACCAGAUCACUCGAUUCCUGUCAUGUGAAAUGGACUUGCUGACUCCAGCAGAAGGUGGCCUUCGUGAAAAUAAUCGGGUAGUGUUCAGCGGUCAGAUUGCGAAGCUCCUUUUCAUGGAAGUGGAAGUCAAAUGUUGCAUGUGUCUGAGCCCAGUGAAGAAAGGGCGUUGUACCAAGGCACCUCAAUGUAUGUAUGUACCUGCUGAUGCUUGUCUCUUCAUGAAGCUCCUUGCACUUAUCAGAGGAGAGGAUGUCAAGACAGGUGCUUUAAUGAAGUUUCAAGGGGAGCAGCUUGUUUGCAAGGUCCUGGGUAUCUCUUCAGUGGAAAAAAAUGCUCUACAGGAGCUUUUUCUUGAGCCUCGAGAGCCAAGACUGGCAUUACAUUGGGAUGUUGAUCAGAAGAAGUUCCUUCAUGUUGUCACUCCAUCAACUGCAGAAAUGCAGACCAUACUGGAUAUUCUCUAUGGCUAUCUGGAGCAAUGUGGUGACCGUAUUUGGAAGUUCAAGGGCUUCUGUGAUGGAUGUCAACCACUGUCCAGCAUUUUCACUUGGGGAAAUCAAGAAUACCUUACUGAUGAUCUUAUUGAUGAGUUGGAGUCUGAGACUGUGAUGGUGCUCACUUGUGAGGAUCUGGAACUGAUUUGAUGGAACAGGACCUCCUCCACCAUUAAUUGUUCUGUAUUGUUUUUCAAUUCUUCAUGACAAAGGGUGAUAGUGUUUACUUAUGCAUGCCUGAAACCAAAUUGAAAUGAGAGGUUCUCGUCUAUGAACUGCCUUCAGGGAAAUUUGCUACUUGGAGUCUCUCUAUUAUUCAUGCUGCUGUCUGUUUCAAUGAGUCAGUGUCCUGCAUUUUGUAUGACCUUCCUCAUUCUUAUAAAUUUUCAUGCC